CCUCUGGAGGGCCAGGCCCGGGUCUCGGUCUGUCUACGUCCAGAGUAGACUGAGGUCAGCUGACCCUGCCCUGGGUGGACAACCCGGGCCCAGGGAGGUUCCCUGGGCUCCACAAGGUCAGAUCUGCUGAUCCCAGUAAUCAGCUUGAGGCUUCUAAUCCCUCACUGGCAGGAACCUCGGGACGCAGGGCAGUGGCUCGGGAGGGCCGGCAGGGGCCAUCUUGGCCUUCUCCCGCGGGCUCCGUCCAGGAGGGGAUGGGGCGGCCGAGCCAUGUGCACCACCCUGCUCCUGCUCAGCACCUUGGCGAUGCUCUGGCGCCGGCGAUUCGCCAACCGGGUCCAACCAGAACCCAGCGAAGUCGGAGUCGAUGGGGUGGUGGCGGGCAGCAGCGUGGACACAGACCCCCAGUCCUCGGGCAGCUUCAGCGGCUCCGCUGCCUGGGCCGCCGGCAGGAUUCGCUGUCCGGUCCCCAAUAGGAGGCGCAGGAGGAGCAUGACGUCAUCGGCGCUGGCUGCCAUUGGCUGGGCGGCCCCCUCGGGCAGGCCGCUGUCUCCAGUGGCCAGAAAGUUAACUCUUCCCUAGGCAGAGGCCGAGUGGCCCUGGCAGGGGGUGAAGUUCGGGGCACUUCCGGACUUUCCUUCCCCGGGGGACCAGUGUCCUUGGAUGGGAGGGGCUCCCAGGUCCAAAAAGACAGAAAAAUCAACAGAUGUCGGUUCAGAACGUCCUGUUUGAGAGGUUCCUCUGCGCCUGGGGGCCCAGCUAGUGAGGGAGGCCUAUCCGAAGGGGGACAUUCUCUCUCCUGCAGCAGCAUCUGCUGGCCCCUGGCACUGCCUGUCCCCUCCCUCCCAGUGAAGCAGAGGGCAUGGUGCCCGGGGGCUCCCGGGCCCCUGGGAGAAGGGUGUCCCCCCAUGGGGCUCAGGCGGCCGAGGCAGACAGCAGGCGUGCGCCCCUGAGCACCCCCACGUCUCUGCGGGCUCCCCGUGCCCCGUGGCGGCAGUGGGGCCUGGCAAGCCGAGAGGACCUGGGUGUUUAUGUCUGGCCCCGUCCCCCGGUGCCGAUGUCAGAAGGCCCACUGCGAGGUGCUAGGCGUGUGUGGGCAAGGGAGGCACUUCUGCGACACCCUCCUGGACACCGAGGCCAGCGGACAUGGCCGAGGCCGUGCCGGAUUAGCGCGGUGGCCGGGUGGGGCCGCCGUGUAUAGAGUGGCGGUCACGGGGCCUCGCAUAAGGAGGCCCUCCAAUGCCGACCGGUCCUCGCUGCACAGUCCGGUCUGGCGUCGGGCAGAGUUGGAACGCCAGCUCCUCUGCCACUGCCCGCGAGCCUGGGCGGGCUGCGCAGUCUCUGCCUUCGUAUGUAAACCCGCAGCAAGGCCCGUGGCGGCAGUGGCGAGGCUGCCGUGCAGCUGACACCGCGCGGCUGCUGGAGAGCCCGCCGCAUGGGGGCGCUGCUCCGAGAACUCCGCUCACCUCUGGUCCCAGUCGGAACCUCACGCUGGACGGGGCUCUGCUCUCCCCCCUGCAGGGGUUUCCCGCCAGGGCCUCCAUCUCCGUAGCAGCGGCCGAGGGCUGGCAGGACAAGGGCCCUGUCUGGUGAACGGCGGAGGGGACGAGAGACAGGGGCACUCAAUCACUUGCUCGAGGUCAUCCACCGGAUCUGUGGCUGAUGUGGGGCUGACGGUCCCCUCCCAUCAGGCAGUCUCUCUCCUCUGUGACAUGGGCCUGGGCCUCCUGUUGGGAGAGGAAAGGCCCACCUGGAGCCCUCCCGCCAGGCCUGGCCUCCUGCGACCUGGCCAGAAGGAAGACUGUGGGACUCAGAUGACUGGAAAAAUGUUUCUGACAUCCAACCCCUCCUGCUCCCGCUGAUGGUGGCCGCCGAGGAGGGGUGAACCUUCUGGUCUCCGAUUCCAGUCGUCAGUUCCGGCUGGUUCCUAGGGUGUCUUGCCCCUGAAGGUGGGGCGGGGCAACCCCAGACUCCCCCCACACAGCGCUAGUCCGGUCCGCCCUCCCUCUGCCCGGGGCCCGGGGUGAGACCAGGCGCAGUGCCUCCUUGGAGCGGGCUGAUGCCCGGUGCUCACCGGUGACGUGGCACCACGGUGUGGGUGGCAAGGGCCCCGCUGUCGCUGCAACACACUCGCUCAUCCGGGAGGACAUGUCGAUGUCACGAGACUCAUCUCACCUGAAAACUGCAACUGAGGAGCACAGAGACAGGCAGCAGAGCUCGCUGGGGAGUCUUCCUCGGCGCCUUCUCGGGCAGCAGCCCCUGCCUCCCUGCCUCCCUGCCACC